GGCUUAUAAGACAUUACCUUUUAAUUCUUAAUCAAGAGAAAACCCCAAUUCCACGACUUUUUAAGGACCUGGGGAGAAAAAGAGAGAGAUAGAGAGAUAGCGAGAAAUGGCGGGAAAGGAGGGACUGAACUCCGGCGAAGAGGUCUGCUGGAGAAAGCAGGUCGACGACAACCUGCACCGCCUUCAAUCUCUUCUCUUCGGAGCCGAACUCGCCGCCGAGAGAAACGACUUCUCCUCCGCUCAGAUCUUCAGUCUUCGUCUCCUCGGCUUUCUCGACUCACACUCUCACUCUCAACUCGACCGUGCUUUCGUCACCCCUAUUCGCCGCGAAGCCGUCUCCAAGCUCGGCGAGGCUCGCCGCGCGCUCAUUCCUGAUUCCGAUCGCAAAGCUUUCGAGCAAGCGAAAAAGGAUCCUGGUUUUGUUUUCAGCACAAAGGGAGAUAUUGACAUUGGGAGGAUUAAACAGUCAAAGUACUUUCAGGCUCUUCUUCAGCAGUCUAAUCAUGGAAAGGUUGUGACUGAUUUGGGAGAUCAAUUGGAGAAUAGGGAAAAGUUGACUGGCAAGUUAUCAAAACCUAUGACACAAACUAAGCUGACAUCAUUGUACAAGAACAACACUGGGACAGCAAGUAACACUAUUGUUGAAAAGCGUCAUGCUCAUCACAACCGUUACAGUAGUCAUAGUACCUCGUCUUUUCAAAUAGUCGAAGAGGAAGAAAGAGCUCAUGAGAAUCACUUGGGAAAAAAACGUGCGCACAGGGAAUUUAACAGCCCCACUCUUGAUAAUACAAAGUCCCCAUCAGCCAAUGAAGAUGCUAGAGCCGAUGUUUCUGGCAAUGGGUUUGUAACUGCCAAAGCCAAAUUGGAAAUGGAUGUAAGGCAAAGGCGAGGCUUAGGUGCAUCACCAAAUGCUUCUGUCUCUCCUCAAAGUGAUAACAGUGUUGCUAAUAGGGGUUUCAUUGCGAGAUCAUAUGGUGUUUCCCGUCGAGGUGUCCGUGGCAAUUUUAUUCCUCCCGUCAAAUCUAAUGGGGGUAAUGUUGGGAAUAUGACUUCAAAAAUUGGGGGAAAGUCUGAUGAUGCAUUAGAUGACUCAACUAGGAGCUGUAUGGAAAUGCUCUGUGGUCCUGAUGGGGAGCUCCCAGAAAAAUUAAGGAACUUGGAACCUCGUCUUAUUGAACAUGUCAGUAAUGAAAUUAUGGAUAAGGAUCCAAAUGUUCGAUGGAAUGAUAUUGCUGGUUUGGACCAUGCUAAAAAGUGUGUCACAGAGAUGGUUAUAUGGCCCUUGUUACGUCCCGACAUUUUCAAAGGUUGUCGCUCUCCUGGAAAGGGUCUUCUACUCUUCGGUCCACCAGGAACAGGGAAAACGAUGAUUGGGAAAGCCAUAGCUGGAGAGGCAAAAGCAACAUUUUUUUACAUCUCUGCCAGUUCAUUGACAAGCAAAUGGAUUGGUGAGGGUGAAAAGUUAGUUCGGGCCCUUUUUGGAGUAGCUAGUUGUCGGCAGCCAGCUGUAAUUUUUGUUGACGAAAUUGACUCACUUCUCUCACAGCGUAAGUCAGAAGGUGAACAUGAAUCAAGUAGGCGACUCAAAACACAGUUUCUCAUUGAAAUGGAAGGCUUUGACAGUGGCAGUGAGCAAAUUCUUCUUAUAGGAGCAACAAAUCGACCCCAAGAGCUUGAUGAAGCAGCACGCAGGCGACUUACUAAGAGACUUUACAUUCCCCUGCCAUCUUCAGAAGCAAGAGCCUGGAUAGUGGAGAAUCUCCUGGAGAAGGAUGGACUAUUCAAACUAACAAGGGAAGACAUUGUUAACAUAUGCAAGUUAACAGAAGGGUACUCAGGAUCAGACAUGAAGAAUUUAGUGAAGGAUGCCUCUAUGGGUCCUCUAAGAGAAGCUCUGAGACAAGGCAUAGAAAUUACAAAGCUUAAGAAGGAGGAUAUGCGCCCAGUAACUUUUCAGGAUUUUGAGAGUGCAUUACAAGAGGUGAGGCCCUCUGUUUCCUUGAAUGAGCUCGGUACCUAUGAUGAUUGGAACAAGCAAUUUGGAAGCUUGUCUCUUUAAGAAUCCAUCUGUUUUGUAAGGUGAGGAAAAAAACAAGCAUAAUGUGAACAUUAAUAGCAUCCUCUUUAUUUAUUUCACCAAACCAAACGCCAGUAAAUAGGCUAAAUAUGUGUAACAGUUUUUUUAAUAGAAACUUGGACCUAUUCAACUGCU